AUGCCAGACGUGGAGAUGACGGAAAUCGAGCAAGUGCAUCCACUACAGACACAAUUUGAGGAUGCUGAAGAUAUUUUAUCAAUGCUUUCACCCAAUGCGUCACCUGAUGUGCCUAUUCAAGCCUUUCAAACCAUUAUUUCCUAUGACGGAGAAGAUGCAGCAUUGGAACAAGUUCAACGUGUAAAAGAGUACGCAAUUUACAAAUUGGCUCAAUUGUACAUUCAAUUUGGACGUGAGAAGGAACUAGCGACGCUGUUGCAGUCCUUGCGACCCUUUUUUACGACAUUGGCUCGUGCUAAGACUGGCAAGAUCGUACGCACGGUAAUUGAUAUGGUUGCCAAGGUGAAGGUGCUGGAUGCCGAAAAAGCACUGCAGCUACAGGCAGAUCUUUGUCUUGACUCAAUUGAGUGGUGCAAGCAGGAGAAACACGCGUUUCUGCGUCAGCGUGUGGAAGCGCGUCUAGCAUCCAUUUACUUUCAACAGGAAAGGUUUCAGCCAGCACUGGAUCUUAUUACAGAGUUGUUGCGUGAGAUUAAAAAGAUGGACGACAAGCAGCUGCUGGUGGAGAUUCACCUCGUAGAAAGUAAGUUGCACCACGCUUUGCGCAAUGUACCAAAGGCCAAGGCGGCUCUCACAGCGGCACGUAGUAUCUCCAACACAAUUUACGUGGUACCGCGCACGCAGGCACAGAUCGACCAGAUGUCGGGCAUUCUUCACGCCGAGGAAGGUGAUUAUAAGACGGCAUACUCGUACUUUUUCGAGGCGUUUGAAGCCCUCGCGACGCUGGAUGAGGUGGAGGGGUUGAAAUGCCUCAAGUAUAUGCUGCUCGCGAAGAUUGCUAGCGGUGGUGCGAGUGACGUGGCUCUCAUUAUCAACAGCAAACAAGCGAUGAAGUAUAUUGGCAUUGACCUCGAGGCGAUGCAAGCAGUUGCCAAGGCGCACGAACAACGUUCUCUCGAGCAGUUUGAAGCUGCCACGACAAAAUACGCACCUCAGCUCGUGGAGGACGCGCUGAUCAAAAAGCACCUGGGUAAGCUUUACGAACAGCUUCUUGAAAGCAAUUUGAUAAAGAUUAUCCAACCGUUCUCGUGCGUUGAGAUCGCACACGUUGCCAAACUGAUUAAGCUGCCACUAGCGCAGAUUGAGCUGAAGUUGUCGCAAAUGAUCCUGGAUCACAAGUUUCACGGCAUCUUAGACCAGGGCAAAGGACAGCUGAUCGUUUAUGACAGUCCCGCUGAGGAUAAAACGUAUGCCUCUGGUCUCGGUGUCAUUGAAAAUGUCGGGAAUAUUGUAGACAGCCUGUUCCGGCGUGCUGAAAAGCUACACGCUUAA